UUUAUUACGAAGGGCUUUGAAACAAUAGAAGAAGAAAUUCUCCGGAAGCUACUUUUUUGUGAGCACGCGGUACGUCCGGCCUUUCCAACUGGGCAGCGAGAGGAAACAUGGCCAAGAUCAAGGCAAGAGAUCUCCGGGGCAAGAAGAAAGAGGAGCUGCUCAAGCAGCUGGACGACUUGAAGAACGAGCUGUCCCAGCUGCGUGUGGCCAAAGUCACCGGCGGAGCUGCCUCCAAGCUCUCCAAAAUCUGUGUUGUUCGCAAGUCCAUCGCCCGAGUGCUGACUGUCAUCAACCAGACACAGAAAGAGAACCUGAGGAAGUUCUACAAGGGUAAGAAGUACAAGCCCCUGGAUCUGAGACCCAAGAAGACCAGAGCUCUCCGCCGCCGGCUGAACAAGCAUGAAGAGAGUCUCCGCACCAAGAAACAGCAGAGGAAAGACCUCCUCUACUCCAUCCGCAAAUUUGCAGUCAAGGCUUAAAAUGCUUUUCUAAUGACAAAAUAAAACCCCAGUAAAAGCCU